AUUCCAUGGACCGGCAAGACUCAAGCCAUGAGAAAAAGACCAAUCGGCUGUAGGGUGUAUGUCGGUAGGAUAUGCGGUUCCAAUUAAUGGUCAGGAACCUGGGGCAGUCUUGUGGGUCAUCGGUAUGUCGGCUGAGCGCCGGCUGAGUCCAGCCACGCUGGUGGCGGUGGCCAUGAAACGCCUAGUGGCCCACCCUGAGGCUCGGGUUCAGACUCGGGGUCAAAUGUCCCAGGGGAUUUGGCAUCGAGAGCGGUCCCAGGUCAGGGUAACGCAAGCUCGGGGCAAGUAUUGGCCAGUUGUGGGACAUCAGAUCGAAGGCCAAACCUAUUUGUAUCCGGAGGAGGCACUCUUUUUACUCGAGAUCCAACAACUUCAAGUCUUGGAUGCCGAGGUGCCUAUGUCCGUGCAAAAGGCCUUCACGGUCAUGUUGACCCAUGAGCGAGCGGUCUUGAGAUAUCGCGUGUAUUCUCAUUUGACUCGGUUAGGCUAUAAAUUGAUUCGACAUCAACCUCGUCCCAGCUCACAGCCCAGAAAGCGUGGGCCCACCACCAGUCCGGUGGUGGGCCCCGAGGCCAUCCACGCCCCCAUCAAAAGGUCCAAAAGCCAUGCUCUGGACGCGCCCUCACGGCUCGUGGUACCCGUGGCCGAGACGAGGUUAUUGCCGGCGGGAGCUUGGCCGGCUCGGACCCGCUACGAUGUGGUUUUUCAGCCACGACCACCCGAUGGCCAGGCUGAACCCCAAUCUGCGGAACCGUGGGACUUGUCCCAGAUUUCCAGUUGGUCUGAAUGGAAGAAAAACAGGUCCAGAAUGGGCCCCAUUAACUUACCCAGUGUGCAAGAAAUAAGAGUCGACUGUGAAACAUCGGGUCGAGGAUUUUAUCCUCUGGAUUUCUGGUCCAGCUCCGUCAGUCCGGCCGAAGAGAAAAUCAGUAUUACGCGGAGUGUGGCUGAUGAUACUAGUUCGGCCCGGUCUUUGGCAUCCGGAGCAUUACGGACAUUGUGGAUGGGUCCGGUCAAGCCGAUGAUUCCGGCCCGAUCUGUUCAUUCAACUCGCCACAUUCUCGAAUUGAUUCGGAUUCCCAAUCGAAAAUGUAAUAUUCGGGACGAAACUUUGAUCGAUGACAGACUCGAGGCCUUCAAGAUUGACUUUGACAUAUUUCUCCCUAAUGUCAGUUUUAAGAAAAGCCGUCCGGGUUUGCCCAAUUUCCGUGUUAUUGUGACAUCAAGUGAUGAAAGUGUGCCAAAAUCCCAAAGUCUUCAGAGUCUAAAAGAAUCUCUGGCCGACUCAGUGCCAUUGUUAAUGGGCGUUGUAGGGCCUGGUAAUAUUUCAUUUUUUGCCUUACAAGACACGUCUCUUCCGAGAAUAAUCUCUGUGGGCUAAAAAUACAGAAAGUCUCUUCUA